UCAGUUCGGAUCGAUGUGAUUUUUGACCAAUACUUUUCACCAUCAAUUAAGGAUUUUGAACGUUCACGUCGAGAAGAGUCAACCAUUCCAGUAUCUAUCGGUCCUAAUCAAAUUCGGCCACACAAUUUCGGAGCAGAACUUAAAAACAUGGAAUUUAAAAUAGCUCUAGUUAACUUUUUUAUUGAUCACUGGGAUAGUGAAGACAUGGUACCUUUUAUUGGUAAUAAAAUUAUUUAUGUAAGUUUCAACAAAUGUUAUUCGUAUAAAGUCUUGAAUAACAAAGUUGUACGGAGUAUCGAAGAAUCUCUAUCAUGUGAAGAACACUAAGAAGCUGAUUCUCGCAUUAUUUAUCAUAUAUGUCAAAUUGAUUUCGAUGCCGACGUUGUUAUACGCUGUUCUGACUCCGAUAUUUUAAUUAUAUUACUGGGUAAUAUGGAUCACCUCAAUGCAUUUUUGAUGAUUUGGAUUAACAACGGUGUAGGCAAUCAUCAGCGAUACGUAAACGUUAAUGAAUUAUACCGAAUCCUUGGUGAUUCUCUAUCAAAAGCUUUACCAUGCUUCCACGCAAUCACGGGGUGCGAUUACACGCCAGCAUUCUUUAGAAAAGGUAAAGUUAGACCUUUUAAAAUUUUGGAACAAUCUAAAGAAUAUCAAUUAGCGUUUGGAAACAUAACUACGGAUAACGAAGAUUUACUUGACAGUACUUUUGUAAUCCUUGAGAAGUUUGUUUGUCAAAUGUAUAGAGUUAAAAAUUCUUCAGAUGUGAAUAGUGUUCGAUUUCAUUUAUUCUCAAAUACUUUUCAAUCAAAAAAAUCCGAUGAAAAUUUUGAGAAGAAAUUUCGAAACUUUGACUCAUCGAGUUUGCCACCCUGUAAAGCGGAAUUGCAACAGCAUUUAUUGAGAGUGCGCUACGUGACUAAACUUUGGAGGAAUGCUCACUUGAAACAUCCAACUUCUUUAUCUCCAGUUGCUUCCGGUUGGACCAUCAAAGAUAAUAAAUAUGAUUUUGUCUGGUUCCUGGGAGAGCAGUUACCAUCAUCAAUUGCUGAUAUUAUUAUUCAAAAUGAGAGAGUUUUAAGAAAUGAUGACAAUGACCAAGACGAUGAUUUCAAUACUUCUAGCAAUGAAAGCGACGAUGAUGACGAUUGUGAAGAUGCAUCCUUCGUUUGUAAUACGAUUAUGGAAUGAAAUAUUUAAAAACUAAAGAAGAAUUCUUAAUAUUUUUAAUUUGUUAUUUAUGUGUGUUACCUGAGCAUUAUAAAUAAAAAAUUUAAUUUUUAAACCUUCAAUAAUGCAUUUUAAUUUUUUCGUUUUUGAC